CUACUCAUUGGGCUUCUCACUUCUCUUUGAAAAGUCAAACAUAUUACGUGUUUAGACUUUCUUACCAGAAUAGGUAUCUUCUUGAACUCGUAUAAAACCAAGAUCUCUUAUUGGCAUAAUUCAUAGCUGUACUUCCCCAAAAUAAAAACCCAUUGUUUUCUUAGCUCUUUAACUUAUACUACAAAUUCUUGCAUUCAUUAAUGGCUGAUCUUGAACAAGAUAUCCAAAUUCCUCGCUUUUUUAUCUGUCCAAUUUCGCUUGAGAUCAUGAAAGACCCUGUAGCUCUCUCUACAGGGAUCACAUAUGAUCGUGAUAGCAUCGAGAAAUGGUUGUUUUCUCAGAAGAAUGACGUUUGUCCGGUAACCAAACAAGUCGUCGUUGAUAUUGAGCUCACACCAAACCACACCCUCCGGCGUCUAAUCCAGUCAUGGUGCACCCUUAAUCCGUCGUCUGGCAUCGAGAGAUUGCCAACACCACGACUUCCGAUCUCCAAAAUCGAAAUCAUAAAACUCUUGAAGGAUUCAAAGUCUCCUCACCUGCAACUGAACUGUUUAAAGAAGUUAAAAGCGAUUGUUAUGGAGAACGAAAAGAACAAGAAGUUGAUGGAAUCAGUAGGAGCAGCUGAUUACCUUGCGUGGAUCUUAACUAACGUGGAAAACAACAUGACGUCAUUGCCACAGGCCGGAGAAGUUUCCGGUGUCGAUGAGUUUGUUUCGACUGGAGUAGAUGAAGUGCUAAGCAUUCUUCACCACCUUCACCUGUCACCAAUGAGUCUUAAAUCAUUGUUCGGAAAGACUGGAGAAUUCGUUGAGACGUUGACGCGAGUGAUGGAACGCGCCACCAGUUACGAGUCACGCACUUACGCCGUCAUGUUACUAAAAGCGAUGUUAGAGGUGGCGGAUCCCAUGCAAGUGACGUCAUUGAACCCUCGGUUCUUCAUGGUGCUUGUACAAAUCUUGAUGGAUGAAAUCUCCCGGAAAGCCACAAAAGCAACACUAAAGCUACUCAUCAACGUCUGUCCAUGGGGACGGAACAGGAUGAAAGCGGCGGAGGCAGGGGCAGUUCAGGUGCUGAUCGACAUCCUCCUGGAUUGCACAGAAAAGAGAGUCUCGGAGAUGGUUAUUGUGGUUCUAGACCAACUUUGUCAGUGCGCAGAAGGACGAUCGGAGCUGUUGAAACAUGGAGGUGGAUUAGCGGUGGUUUCCAAGAAGAUCUUCCGUGUGUCGUCGGUGGCCAGUGAGAGGGCGGUGAGUAUAUUGCAUUCGGUGGCGAAAUUCUCCGGCAACAGAAGUGUUUUACGAGAGAUGUUGCAGUUGGGGGUGGUAGGAAAGUUGUGUUUGGUGCUGCAAGUAGAUUGUGGAAGGAAGACGAAGGAGAGUGCCAGUGAGAUACUAAAGAUGCAUUCUAGGGAACCUCAUCGAUCAUCACCCAAUUAAAUGGUGUUCUCUUGGAAAUGGAGAAGGAGCACUUGUAACGUACAAGAUGUGAAUGGGUGGUUUCCGGUCAGAAUAUGAGGAGCAAUAAGAUCGACGGGGAGUAUAACGGUGGGGAAGCAGGCGGUGAAGAAGACGAUAAUGUGUUUUUGGUGGGGGAUGUUACUGGACAAGAACAUGGGAAAAAAUAUAUUCUAACAAUCUGUUAAAGUUUUGUUGAAGAUGAUAAAUCUGAAACAAAUUAGUUUAACAAUGAUGAUUUUAAAGAUCUUACCAAUCUAAAAUAAAUUAGUUUAAUGGGAUUAGAAGGUGUCAUAGCUUAACAUCCAUGGUCGUGAUCAAUUAUUACAAAAAUAAUAAUAAUAAGCAAUACUGUGAAACCAAUAGCAACGACUUCUCAGCAUUAGCGACAAGGCUUGUGACGACUCAAUAACAGUCACAUACGCCGGACAACAAAAUAGUGACAGCUAUUAUACAUUUAUACUUAGUGGUAAAAACAAUAGUGACAGCUAUUAUACUUAGUAGCGACGAACACUUGCUACCUCUAUUGCUCAAAUUUCUGGUAGUGAGUUUUUCUUCUAAUUAUUUUAAAAUUG